GACUUUGUUCUGUUGUUCUGCAUCCUGCAUUUUUGUGUUGUGGUUGUUGACCAUGUCUACUUCAUCCCUCCGUGUGGUUCUUCUGGCAUCAUCUCCAGAGGAUGCGGUCCUCGCGAACGCUGUCUGUGAGAGCCUGUCCUCGGAAUUUCAGAUCACCAACGUGUCCGUUCGAUCCACGGAUGUCCCUCUGGAUCGCCUGAUUGCCUCUACUCGCAAUGGUGCAUCCACCUUGUGGGUUGUUUUGUGCAACGACUCUUCUUCUUUGUCAUCUUCCUGGCAAGCCCUUGAAGAAUUGGUGGACCCCGUGUUGGAAAUUCCAGUUCAAGCAACAACAACUUCGAAGGCCCCAGAUGUCAGUCUCAAGAUUGCCAAAUUCUGUGGUAUCAACACACCGAAUUCCUUGGUCCAAACGGCCAUGACGGCACGACGACAAGCGAGGCUCGUAGAGGAUGCCCAACUGCACACCAAAUCUCCACUCUACGAACACUCCAUUGCUCGUUGUUUUGAUCAGAACCAACAAAUUGGAGGAGACAAGAUUGCCGCCCUCCAGGACAAGCGACGCGUGGGAAAAGUGCGCGAUCGAUACGAAGGAGAUAUUCGUUUGGCGUUGGUCACCACGGAUCGACAGAGUGGAUUUGACCGCCAAUUGGCACGAGUUCCAUUCAAGGGAGCCGUAUUGAAUCUCACCAGUGCCUACUGGUUCGAAAAAACAACUCACAUUAUCCCCAAUCAUCUCGUGUCGGUGCCACAUCCCAAUGUCAGUAUUGUCAAAAAAUGCAAGCCAUUUCCGAUUGAAUUCGUGGUGCGUUCCUACAUGACGGGCUCUACUUCCACCAGUAUUUGGAAAAACUACCAGGACGGAGUCAGAAACUAUUGUGGACAUGACUUGCCCGAUGGAAUGACCAAAAAUCAAAAACUUGCCAAAAAUCUACUCACUCCCACCACCAAAGAAGAGGAACACGAUCGACCCAUUUCCGCCGCAGAUAUCGUCGCCGAAAAGUGGAUGACACAGGAAGAUUUUGAUAUCUGUGCCAAGGCGGCCUUGCAAGUAUUUGCCUUUGGUCAAACGCUGGCCGCCGAACGGGGAUUGAUCUUGGUCGAUACCAAGUACGAAUUUGGACGGGACUUGGAAACGGGAGAAAUCCUCUUGAUUGAUGAAGUCCAUACUCCCGACUCGUCUCGUUAUUGGUUGGCCAGCACGUAUCAACAACGCAUCAGUGAAGGCAAAGAACCCGACAAUAUCGACAAGGAGUUUUUGCGCUUGUGGUUUCGCAAGAAUUGCGAUCCCUACAAAGAUGAGGUGCUCCCCGAGGCUCCACGGGAUUUGGUAUGCGAAUUGGCCAGACGCUAUGUGACCCUGUACGAAAUGAUCACCUGGAACGACUUUGAAUUUGAUGCUCGUGGUGAAGAACCCAUCGGGGAGGCCUUGUUGGCGCAUUUGACGUGAUUCUGUAUGUACCGUUUGGUCAAUGGUGUAGAUAGCGGUAUUGUAGUAGCAUUUGGAGUUUUAAAAGCAGCAUUUUUUAGUGCGUCCU